AUGGCGGACUCUGACAAUGAGGCAAAGGAUAUCAGCAAUUCUCUGGAGCGCAGCAGCGGCCAGAAAUGGUGUAGCAGGAGAUCACCAGGAAAGGUCCGUGUGCUGAUUACUCCCACCCUGUUCUCACUGAGGGAUGUGGACACCGUUAAACAGGAGUUCUCCGCAGAACUCUGGUUUGAGAUCUUCUACAAGGAUCCAAAUCUCAAAGGGAUCAAAAAUAGAGAUGAAGUAGACUGGGACAAUCAGUGGGACCCACGGAUUGAAAUAAGAAACACGGUGACCGUUGAGAAGAACGUGACACAACAAAACCUGAUCGAGGUUGUCGGUGAGGACGUACCCAUAGUGCACGAGUUCAGGAAGGUUCGGGCAACCUUCAAGGCUGACAUGAACCUCGCCGACUUCCCUGUAGACCACCAGAAACUGACUAUCCAACUGAUGUCAGGCUGGUCAACCAAGAGGGUGGAGCUGAGAAAGAACUAUGGGUCCAUCGACAACAUCAGUGAUGACGACUUUGCAGAUGACGAUCAGUGGAAGGUGAUUAAGUACCUUGAGUGCAAUCCUGGCGAAAAGGGUAACAAGCAGUCAAAAACGUUCGGCAAGUACCCAUUGUACAACAUCACGGCGCAUGUGCAGAGGAAGACGACUUUUUACAUGUGGAACACCGUACUCGUGUUGUUCGUCAUCAUGGGCCUCUCUUUCACCGUGUUCUCCAUCCCGCCAGAAGAGCACAAAGACCGCCUCGGCAUCACCUUUACCCUCCUGCUUACAACAGUGGCCUUCAAGUUGGUUGUAUCCCAGUAUCUACCCACCGUCUCCUACCUAACUCUGCUGGACAAGUAUGUGCUGGGAUGUAUUAUCUUCCAGUGCUGCGUGGCAGUGGAGAACACUUUGGCCUCGGUCUUCUGGGACAAGAAGAGUGCAAGGAUGUUUGACAGGGUCUGUGGCUCCAUAUUGGCGGUUGUGUUCGUCUUGGCACACUUGAUCUUUGGGAAAAUGAUUCGGUUGAAGAGGAUCAAGAACGACAGUGAACUGUUGGAGAUAGAAUACAAGUUCAAGCGUCUGAAGGGAAAAAUUGAGGAAGCUUAUAAGGAGCGGGAAAAGUACAAGGGGCAGCCAGGAGACACCAAGUCCAACUUGAUCAUUAAGGGGUUUACUGAUGAUGAGGUUCAAGAGUUUGAGCAAAACACCGAGUCAAAUUCUGAAGAGGUUCCUCUGAACAAUGUUUAA